UUCCGUCUCUGUGAAACUAUUCCUGCUGCUGUUUCACUUUCGAUUCCUGAACAACGCCUAAAGUUUCUCCACCAUGUCUGCAGCGCAUGAGGAGAUACUGAAAGUCGUCGUCAACAGCCUGAAGUGCUCCAUUUGUUUUGAGCUCUUUGUGGAGCCGGUCACUCUGGCCUGCGGUCACAACUACUGCUACAAAUGCAUAGAGAGCCAUUUGGUCCGCGGAAAGAGAAACUGCCCUCAGUGCAGGUUUUCGCUCCCAGCGCAGCACAAACUGAGGAAAAAUGUCGCUCUGUCCAACAUCCUGGACCUGCAGGAGGCUGGAGGCCGUGAAAUAUGGAACGAAGUGGUGGCGAGAACAGAUCAUUGCUUCAGUUACCAAAGAGAGAAGCUAACAAGAGAAGCUUUGGUGAGAAGACUGGAGUCCUUGAAGCUGGAGAUCAAAGAAAUAGAAAUCUUCCUAACUGAACUAAACUGCCAGGAUGAGUCCAUCAUUAUGGAAGAGGACACUCAGACUGCGGAGCUUUUCAGUUCGUCACUGGACAGUGGAUUAGGAGCUGCUGGCAGCAGUUUAUCCAGCCUGCCUUCAGAACCUGAGGACAGUCUGAACAGCCUUUCACACAUGGAAGAGUCUGAGGCUGUGCUGCCUGAUCCAGUCAGUGAUGCAGGGGAGAUCAGUGAGGUCCUGCUGGAGGAUAGAGAUGCUCUGGCUGGUUUGACUGGAGCCUGCGGUCUGUCCGAUUCUGCUGCAGUGCGGCUGAAGUUCAGUGAACCUGCAGAAUUUGUGCUGCUCUCCUUCUCACCGACUCUGGGUCACAGACGUUUGGCGUUCGUCCCGGAGAGACGGAGGAUGCAAGUGAGGUCAUCUUGCUCGCCGAUGACCCAAAACAGCCGCUUCGAUGCCUGUCAGUGGAUGGCGGAUCAGGAGUUUUCUGCAGGGAGGCAUUACUGGGACGUGGACGUGUCGCUGUGCUCCAGCUGGGCCGCCGGCGUGGCGUAUCCAGACCUGGGCCGGAACCAAAAGCUCGGCAGGAGCUCCUCGUCCUGGUGCAUCGAGCGGAGCAGCGCACGACUGAGCGCCUGGCACAACAACGCAGAGACUCCACUCAAACAGGGCUGCCCUGAGAGCAUUAGGGUCCUGCUGGACAUGGUUUAGGGGUCGGCUGUCCUUCUGGAGCCUGACGGAUGGACAGGAAGAGCUGUACAACGUCCAGGUGGACUUCUGUGGCCCAGUUAGACCCAUGUUCUGGCUUUUUGGGACGCAGCAGAGAAAUGCUCUGAUCUUUCCUGCGACUUACAGAUGAAUAAUCAACUUGAUGGUUCACCAUGAACACUCAAAGAACCCUUACAUGAUUAAAUGGUUCUUUGCAUCAUGAAAGGAUUCUUCAGAUUGAUGGAGA